GCGUCCUGUGUCCCGUGGCAUAGGACCUCGUCCCCUCACGGCUGCGGCGGGGCGGGGUAUCGUGCUGUCCGAGGGGUGCUGGCUGCCAGAGCGGACAUGGCUGCCGGCCGCACGGUGGCUGUGCUUGCCGCCCUAGGGGUUCUUAGUGUCUGUUCGGCUAGCGGCUCUGGCCCCCUGGCAGAGGUGGAGGCCGGCGGGGAAGCGGAGUGGGCGGAACCGUGGGACGGCGCGGUUUUCCGGCCGCCCUCGGCGCUGGGCGCUGUAGGGGUGGCGCACAGUCCGGGGAGCCAGCAGCCAGGGAGGGAGGGAGCGGUGGACUUGCCUGUGCUGCUGUGGUGGAGCCCUGGGCUGUUUCCCCACUUCCCGGGAGAUUCGGAGCGCAUUGAGUGCGCGCGCGGCGCGUGCGUAGCGUCCCGGGACAGACGUGUCCGAGGAGACUCCCGGACGCGCGCGCUGCUCUUCUACGGCACCGACUUCCGCGCGUCUGCCGCGCCGCUGCCGCGCUUGGCGCACCAGAGCUGGGCGCUCCUGCACGAGGAGUCGCCACUCAACAACUUCUUGCUGAGCCAUGCACCGGGCAUCCGUCUCUUCAAUCUUACCGCUACCUUCAGCCGUCACUCCGACUACCCGCUACCACUACAGUGGCUGCCCGGGACCGCCUAUCUGCGCCGCGCCGCCCUUCCGCUCCAGGAGCGCGCGGAGUGGCGCCGCCGCGGCUACGCGCCGCUGCUGUAUCUACAGUCCCACUGCGACGUGCCUGCGGACCGGGACCGCUACGUGCGCGAGCUCAUGCGUUAUAUCCCGGUGGACUCAUAUGGGAAAUGCCUACACAACCGGGAGUUGCCCACCCCGCGGUUACAGGACACAGCCACAGCCACCACCGAGGAUCCAGAGCUCUUGGCCUUCUUGUCCCGUUAUAAGUUCCACUUAGCUCUCGAAAAUGCCAUCUGUGACGACUACAUGACAGAAAAACUUUGGCGUCCUAUGCAUCUGGGUGCUGUGCCCGUGUACCGCGGCUCUCCCUCUGUGAGGGACUGGAUGCCGAACAAUCACUCCAUCAUCCUUAUAAACGACUUUGAGUCACCUCAGAAGCUGGCAGAGUUUAUUGACUUUCUGGACAAGAAUGAUGAGGAAUAUAUGAAAUACCUGGCAUACAAGCAACCUGGAGGCAUCACCAACCAGUUCCUCCUGGAUAGUCUGAGGCAUCGGGAGUGGGGCGUGAAUGAUCCUUUACUUCCGAACUACCUGAACGGCUUUGAGUGUUUCGUCUGUGACCACGAGCUGGCUCGGCUGGAUGCCGAGAAAGCCCACGCAGCCUCUCCUGGGGACACCCCUGUCCCCAAGCCUCAUAUUGCCCAGCCCUCACACAUGAACUGCCCAGUUCCCACACCUGGCUUUGGCAACGUGGAAGAGAUUCCCGAGAAUGACAGCUGGAAGGAGAUGUGGCUGCAAGAUUAUUGGCAAGGUCUGGACCAGGGGGAAGCUCUCACUGCCAUGAUCCACAACAGUGAAACACAGGAGAGGAAAUUUUGGGAUUACUUACAUGAGAUCUUCAUGAAAAGAAACCAGAACCUCUAAUUAGCCUUGCAAGAGCCUUUAACUUGGUAGAGCUAAGGAGAUGAGAAGUCCUUAUUCUACGAUGGGACAUAAGGGACAUCCACCGCACAAAACCUUAAUGUACACUAUCUUAUCACAGAUUCAAGAUAUUCCAGUUCUAGUCACUGAUAUUUUAUCCUAAUGAUGUGUAGCCAGGGUCUCAGCCUGUGGUAAUAGGGCCUCUCCUCAAGGAGAGGUGGAGGCAUUCAGUUCUUGGUUCAUUGGGAAACAGAAGUCUGAAGCACCCACUUGAUUCAAGAUGCUGCUCCAACAGAAUUUUUAAAAGACUGCUUAUAUCUCUAGCCAUUUCAUCCCCUCAAUUCUGACCGGAACAACACCUUAGUACUUGACUACCAGUGAGGUAAGUUGAGCCAGAUGUAGGGUCUUAAAACUUCUCCUAUUCCAUUCCCCAAGCCCCUCAUUAUUCAGUACGUCUAGUAAUCUUCUCAUCUCUUGCUUUAUAAACUGUUACAUUGGUAAGGAAACAAAACUUCUGGUGGGUUGUAUUCUGGUUCUCUGGGGCUGUAUUUUUAUAUCAUUUACUUUGCUUUUCACAUCACAUUUUUUAUCUUAGAUGAUUUUUUCCUUCCUGGUUUUAGGUUCUUUUCCACAAUUUCUGGAGUUGCAGUAACCUUGCCACCAUUCCCACAUUCACUCUUCCUUCCAUUAAAUUGGCUGUGGGUUUGGCAGCUUACUCCUGGUUUAUCUAGGGCAUAUUUGGAAUUCCUUCUAACCUCAUGAAACAAAGAUUCAGUGGCUAACAUAUGCCAUUUCAAUUUAAUGACUUGUCCUGUUCUAUUUUAGGAUAGAGAUGGAGAAUGAGGCUAGAAGUUAUCGUAGAAAAAGUUUUAUGUAUAUGUAUAUAUUUUAAAUGAUUUUAAAGUGUUAAAAUAGGCCAACACAAAUCUAAGUGCAAAUUUUAUAGGUCUUUGGCCUUUUUUGUUUGCCUAAUGAACUCUUUCCUCUAUUUUAUUAUUUUUAUUUGCUACAAAGGCCCAUUUCCCCCCAAAGAAUCAUGGAAACUAUGGUGGAAAAACUGCUCAGCAUUAUAGCUUUAAUAAUCAUCUCAUAUAGGAGCCCUGGUGGUGCAGUGGUUAAGCACUCGGCUGGUAACCGGAAGGUCGGCAGUUUGAACCCACCAGUCACUUCAUGAGAGAAGAUGUGGCAGUCUCCUUGCAUAAAGAUUACAGCCUUGGAAACCUCUUGGGGCAGUUCUACUCUCUCCUGUAGGGUUACUAUGAGUCAGAAUCAACUCGACGGCAAUGGGUUUAGUUUUUGUUUAAUCAUCUCACAGUCUACCUAGCAUUUUCCACUCUAAGAGAAUAUUCCAGCUUCGUUUACUGUAUUACUGAUAUCCUUCUACACAACUUUACGGCACUGAGACUACUUUUAUGAUAGAGCCUACCCAAGGGAAUAAGGCAGCGAGGCAAGAGAUUUAAGUCACCAUUUAAGUGGCUAGCUAAAUAAAAAGCUAUGCUAGUUACACUUAAGAGUUGGAGGCAAACUCUUCUAAACUGCUGUGGUUUGAAUAUACAGCCUAACUUCCUCUGGGUGGGGAGGCCAUUAGUUUUUUCUGGGGCAGUGGAACAAGAAUACCUUGGGCCUUAGACCUACUGUGGUUGUAAUGCCAUAUUAAUUAUCACUAGGGAAGCUCCAUAGCGAAUCAGUAUAUCUAGCUGUAAAUUAGUUGUGUGUACGUGCUUGUGUGUAUUAGAUGCUUCAACAAGUAGGGUCCACACUUAAUAUUGUGAUGUCUAAGGAUUUUAGCACCAAGGAAAGCAUCAGUUUAGGCUGGAUUUCACUACCAGGUUCUUUUUUCAUUUUAUUCAUAACAGCAUGGAAAGUACGACACUGAUUUCUAAACUGCAAUAUUAUUUAAAUGCAGACUCUUGAUGAAUAGUGUAAGACAUAUUACACAAGUGCAAACCUACGUUAGGACCUAGCUUGCAUUAUUUGCAAUAACAAGGGUAAGUAAUAGUCAUGCAAGGUAAAAAAUCAUCCUUACCUGUUCUAAUUACACCAUCCUGCAUUAGCAUUUGUUCAGCACUUUCAAUGUACCCAGUGGGCUGGCUGUUUAUGAGUGAUGUGGGUAUAGACUCUGGCCUGCUUUGUGGUCAGUGCUUCCCAGCCUUUCUCCUUCAUUCCUCUUACCAUAUAAGUAUUCACAAAAGAACAGGGUAGACCAGGUGCUAGAUUUCUCACAAGGGAAAUCAGAACCAGGAAUAGCCACGUGAUACUUAUCAACUAAAGGCUUCACUUUCCCUAUGGAGAAAGUAGGCAAUGUGAAUUUUCUCUGGGCCCCAGCCUGCAGUGUAUAGAGCAGCAGGCUUACUCACUGCAAGGUUGGGGUUAUUGGUGUUGGAAGUGUGUGAUUAGAAUCAAUUUUAUUUACACUGCUGGAGGCAAAGCUGAUGCCUUUAUUAUAUUAAAUGUUGCUAUUUUCUGUUUUCUCAGGUUUCAUUUUGUAUAAUAAACUGCUUUUUCAAGUGUCUUUUGUUUGGUUAUUUUUCUGGAGUGGCAUGAUAAAGAGUUGGAGACUUGUAAAAAAUAUUUCAAACAUUUGUUCAUUCAACAAGUAUAGCUGAUUUCUCCUUAUUCAUGGUAGUUACAUUAUAUAAAGUUGCCACAAACACUGAAUUAGCAAGUACUGAACCAUUGCUCCAAGGGGAAUAUACAGAGUUAGGUUCCUGCAAGCCACUGGUCACAACAUUUCCAUCAACUGAUCAAUAUAUAACCUUGCUUUAUCUGUGUUUCUGUUUAAAGACAACUUGUUUAAUAUAUAUUUCUUAAUUAUAUGCAGCAUUUAUUAAUGCUAAAACAAUGUUUCAAUUACAGCAUGGGUAGUACUCUGUACUUGAACUCUUUCACUCAGUCAUAUAUACACAAUACACAUAUACAAUUCUCACAUACAGUAACCACAUUCAGUAGUGUGAACACAUACACUGUACAGUAAUGCAAAUGAAGCCCUGAAAAAAUAAAGAUGAAGCAUUUAAAGGUUUAUGAAAACAUUAACUAAAAUCUUACUUUUGAUGGAACUGCAGGAUGUAUGACCUUGGCUUGCCCCCACAAAAACCAAAGGAGAGAUUGGUGGAACUUAUUCUGUAGAACAGGAAGAAGUAGACAAGGAUGGUGUGUCGGCCUCUGGCAGUUCUGUCUUAGGAGCUGGGCUCUUGCGACUUGUUGACGGCACUGGCAAUUCUCCCUCCUGAACCUACUUGAAAAACUGCAUCAGCCUUGUCAGCUUGGCUUUUUGCCUCAAAUGUUUAAGUGUCUCAGCAUAAGGUGUGAAUGCAGUGGAGGUUAUAUGCUUAAAUCUGAGACUGUGUUCAAGCAUAGGGUCAUAUUCUUCUGUAUCACUGAAAAAUUUUUCCAAGUCAGAAUUCCACUCCAAUAUUUUGGCCACUGUGAGAGGGACUGUCAUCCUUGUCAUUGUUGAGUCCGAUGCCUUGUUUUGCCAUCUCAGCCAGGUCUUAAGGCUUUCUCAGCCAAAAUUUCCUCCACAUCUUCCUUCGUGUUGUUGAAUCCUUUUACCUGAAAUUCUUCUGCAGCCUUCUGAUCUGCAAAAUCUGCCCUGCCUGCAAGUUUAACAUUUUUCAUGCUCUUUCACCUUUUGAAACGUGAGCCAGCCAGGACUAGCUGAGAAAGGUUUAACAUUAAAGUGACUGUGGGUAAUGUGACCUUAACUUUCUUUGGCUUUCAGCCUUACAACAAUGCUGUCCACUAUACAUAUUUUAUUGGCUGUCAUCUCAUGAAUCCAGAAAUUUUUAGCUGCUUUUCCAUAACUUCAUCACACACUAUAGAUGUUACUUUAGUAUUUUUUGGAGUGGCCUCACAUACAGAUCAGCAAAUUUCCUCUUCCUUUUUCUUGCUAUACUGUAUUGUUGAUUCGUUAACAUUGAACUCAGGACCAAGGACAUUGUAACUCAUGCCUGAAUGAAGCUUAUCUAACAUGUAUCUUCUCCACAGGCACAUCACAGCUUUCUUGCGCUUAGGAAGACUAGACAGCACUUCAGCACUACUCUUGGGGGCCAUUUUAAACAGCGAAAUCACCAACAAAACACAAAAAUAGAAGAAAUGUGGCACUAAAUAGACCAUGAUGACA